AUAUAUUAUUGUAGCCGCGCAACUCUCACAAAUUUUUCUUUUCAUUUCCCCCGAAACAUUCCUGAGUGCAAAUCCAAAAUUCCAAACUCAGAAACCGCCAUCUCUGGGAUCACAAUCACUUCCUUUUCUCUCUCUCUCUCUCUUCUUUUUCUUUUCUGUGAAGCUUUUCUAUCACAUUACAAAGACAGAGCCCACAAAUUUUGGCUCUCUCUCUCUCUCUCUCUGAUUCAGUGGAAUGUGAAUGAGAGUGAGAUGAACACUUGCCAGUUCCGGCUCUCGAACUCUUUCUUCAUCUAGUGUGCCAGCCAAGAAGGACUCUUCAUGGCUGCAAGGCGCGUGUACCAAGUUUGGAAAGGAAGUAAUAAAUUCAUAUGUGGAGGGAGGUUGGUAUUCGGGCCCGAUGCGAGGUCCCUGUUUGUCACCUUGUUGCUGAUUAUUGUUCCAGUUAUCAUCUUUUGUGUAUGUGUAGCAAGCCAUCUCCGGCAUGAAUUUUCUUCGUAUAAUUCUGGAUAUGCUAUUUUAGUGGUGGCUAUUCUCUUUACUAUUCAUGUCCUUGUGGUUCUCUUUCUCACUUCAUCAGGUGAUCCAGGCAUCGUUCCAAGGAAUCCAUAUCCACCAGAAGAAGAGUUUCGUUAUGAUUCUUCAGUUUCUGUUGAUGCUGGGGGAGCUGGACGACAAACGCCAAGUCUUCAGUUCCCUCGAACAAAAGAAGUUGUAGUCAAUGGCAUUGCUGUAAGGGUGAAAUAUUGUGAGACUUGUAUGUUGUAUCGUCCUCCUCGUUGCUCGCAUUGCUCCAUUUGCAACAACUGUGUUGAGCGUUUUGAUCACCAUUGCCCUUGGGUGGGCCAAUGCAUUGGUCUGAGGAACUAUCGUUACUUCUUCAUGUUUGUUUCUUCAGCAACUAUUCUGUGCAUCUAUGUGUUUUCCCUCUCGGCUUUGUACAUCAAGGUUCUGAUGGAUAAUUAUGACGGCACAGUUUGGAAAGCAAUGAAAGAAUCCCCUGCUUCUGUGAUACUAAUGGCUUAUUGUUUCAUCUCUUUGUGGUUUGUUGGUGGACUGACUGGUUUUCAUUUAUACCUUCUAGGCACAAAUCAGACUACCUAUGAAAAUUUCCGGUACAGAGCUGACGGAAGGAUCAAUGUUUUUAACCGGGGCUGCUUAAAUAAUUUUCUGGAAAUGUUUUGCACAAAAGUAAAGCCCUCAAGGAACAAUUUCAGGGCAUUUGCUCGAGAGGAGGUACCACCGAGACCGCGGGCUCCGAUCAUUCCCCGGGAUCGUGAUGACUUGGGCGGAGAUCGCCGCCCUAAGGUUGAAGCCGAUCUUGAUAUUGGUGAAGACCUAUUGAAGAUAUCACAGCGCAGGAACAUUGAAGAACUUGACGAGGACAUUCAGGGCAGAGGGAGCAAUGGACCACCCGGCAAUACAUCUGAACCUGACUCAAUUAUGUCCUCAGAUCAUCGAGCUCCCACAAUUCGAUCCGAUGCUAGGCACUUGAGUUGGGAAAGGAGUGGAAACUGGGAAAUUGCACAAGAUGUCCUUGCCAAUUCAAAUGUCACAGAAAGCAGAAACUAUGUGACUUCAAAGGAAAUGCGCCAAUGAGGGGUGUGGUUUUGUCUCUUACGAUAUUUUAAUGGCUUCAACCAUAUAUGAUGUGGGAUUAUUUGGAUACUAAAGAUGGAAUAGGAUAUGGGAGCUGAAUUGGUUUGAACUUUUGGUAUAAAAACUUAGCCUACUUUUUUGUGGUAGCCCUAGUUCUUUGGGAAGGCAUAGAAACGUUUGCUUGUAAUUUGUUUGAGAGACAGUGUCCUGUUUUUUCUUCUUUUUUUUCCCUCUUAUUUUUUAACAGUCCCAUAUAUGGAUCUCAUCUUUAUUUGGCUUUAUUCUUUAUGUAAAUAACCAAUUAUGAUACU